AUGGACUCGACUGGGUCGGCCAAAGUUGCUCAUUUGACCAGCCAGGGCUAUGCCUUUGUCACUGACAAAUGUACACUCGUCCCAUCUGUGACCGUGGAGGAGCAAGUGCAGGUGGCCGACUCGCUAGGUUACCUAGUCAGAAAUGCGGCCAGACUAGACUUUGAUCCCCAACGAAUCAUCCUGAUGGGAUACAGUUCCGGUGCACACGUUGUUACGUUACUAGGGACUGACGGAAUAUAUCUGGAGAAGGCAGGAAUCGAUAUCCAUACCGUGCGGGCUGCCAUCUUUCUCGACGCAGACAGCACAAUUAAAGGUCUCGGCACUGAUCCGAGACAGCUGCAGGCUAUGUCACCUACUUACCAUGCCCGCGCGCCAAAUGCAGGCGCUUUUCUGCUCCUCUAUGUCCACAGACAAGGUGAUGUCCGCCAGGCUGUCGAGCUAUCGGCGGCGCUGGAAGCUGCAGGUACCGAUGGCGCUUUGCACGUGUUCGAGGGCGAAGGUUUUGAGGGCCACAUGCAAAUGCUUCUACGGCUUGGCGAUCCCACCUAUCCUGCGACCUUGGUUAUGGAUAACUGGCUCAAGGUGCAUGUUCCAGUAACAAUUUCAAGUACCUGA